AUGCCGAGAAGAAAUAAAUGGAUGCAUCUGGUGGCCGGAGUCAUAGCCGGAGUUACGCUUGGAGUAUUCUUAAAAUUAUGCUUAAGACCUUCCUCUCGGACGUCUAUUGAGACAUGUCCGGAAGCUGCAAAAUUAUACGCUCCCCCUGACCCAUUAGCGGUGAUAGGCUUGACGGCCGAGGAAACGAUACAAAACUCAAAUAGAACUUUAGUGUUUGUGGGUGUGAUGACUGCGGAACAGUAUUUGAAUACGAGAGCAAAAGCAGUUUACGACACGUGGGCUCAGGACCUUCCGGGCCGAUUAGCGUUCUUUAGUUCUGAAGUGUCGCGAGCUCCUGGUUUGCCCUUGAUACCCUUGCGCUAUGUCGACGACAGCUAUCCUCCUCAGAAGAAGUCGUUCCUAAUGUUAUUGUACAUGUACGAAAACUACGGAGAAAGGUUCGAAUGGUUUAUGCGUGCGGAUGACGAUGUAUACGUGCGUGGUGACAAAUUAGAAGAAUUCUUGCGCUCCGUGGACAGUAGAAAGCCGCAGUUUAUCGGUCAAGCGGGAAGAGGUACCACCGCUGAAAGAGAUGCACUGGCUCUCGACUACAAUGAAAAUUUUUGUAUGGGCGGGCCUGGAGUGCUUAUAUCAAGAGAAACUCUUCGAAGAGUGGCGCCUCACGUCAAAUACUGCUUGAAGCACCUUUAUACUACUCAUGAAGAUGUGGAACUCGGAAGAUGUGUUGCGAAAUUUGCCGGAGUUUCCUGCACAUGGAGCUAUGAUCCCCAUCUCAGACCAAUAUACAAUUUUCGCCUCCGAGCUCCAUGGGUCGGCUGUUGCUAA